GGGCAUGCGGCAGCGGCAGGGGUCCCCGCUCCCGGGCUCGGCGGCGCGGGCGAGCGUGAGCGGAUGUUCAGUUCUUCUCCACAAUGAAUGAGUGUUACUAUGAUAAGCAGAUGGACUUUUUUUAUAAUAGGAGCAACACUGACACUGCCGAUGAGUGGACAGGAACGAAGCUUGUGAUUGUUUUGUGUGUUGGAACAUUUUUCUGCCUGUUUAUCUUUUUUUCUAAUUCUCUGGUCAUCGCAGCAGUGAUCAAAAACAGAAAGUUUCAUUUCCCCUUCUACUACCUGUUGGCUAACCUAGCUGCUGCAGAUUUCUUUGCUGGAAUUGCCUAUGUAUACCUGAUGUUUAACACUGGCCCAGUUUCAAAAACUCUGACUGUCAACCGCUGGUUUCUCCGCCAGGGGCUUCUGGACACUAGCUUAACAGCCUCCCUGACGAAUCUGUUGGUUAUUGCCGUGGAGAGGCACAUGUCAAUCAUGAGGAUGCGGGUCCACAGCAACCUGACCAAAAAGAGGGUGACACUGCUCAUCUUGUUCGUCUGGGCCAUCGCCAUCUUUAUGGGGGCUGUCCCCACACUGGGCUGGAAUUGUCUCUGUGACAUCUCUGCCUGCUCUUCCCUGGCCCCCAUCUAUAGCAGGAGUUACCUCAUUUUCUGGACUGUGUCCAACCUCAUGGCCUUCUUCAUUAUGGUUGUGGUGUACCUGCGGAUCUACAUGUAUGUAAAGAGGAAAACCAACAUCUUGUCUCCGCAUACAAGUGGGUCCAUCGGCCGCCGGAGGACACCCAUGAAGCUAAUGAAGACGGUGAUGACUGUCUUAGGGGCCUUCGUCGUGUGCUGGACGCCAGGUCUGGUGGUUCUGCUGCUCGAUGGCCUGAACUGCACGCGGUGCAACGUGCAGCAUGUGAAAAGGUGGUUCCUGCUGCUGGCGCUGCUCAACUCUGUCGUGAACCCCAUCAUCUACUCCUACAAGGAUGAGGACAUGUACAGCACCAUGAAGAGGAUGCUGUGCUGCUUCUCGCAGGAGAAGAACCCGGAGAAGCGGCCCUCCCACCUCCCCUCCAUGGUCCUCAGCCGCAGCGACACGGGGGGCAGCCAGUAUGUGGAGGAUAACAACCGAGGCCCCGUCUGCAACAAGAGCAGCUCCUAGGCUGUGAUGCCCCUCCACCCGUCCCAGGCUCCACUGGGAGAAGAACUGUUCAGAAUGGUUACCUGUCUCCAACAAAGCCCACGUACAGUGUUAUUUGAACUCUGAAUGAAGCAUUGGGAAAUAUUUUUUUUUUAAUUGUUUUACAUCGUUUAAAAGCACGGACAGGAAAGAGAGGACAUAAUGCAUUUAGAGAAAACUCACAGAAAGAGGGAAGGCAGCAUGGUGGAUUCCUGCCUGACGUCCUGUGAACCCCUCUGAGCACUCCCCACCAGGCCGUGCAUUCUGGGCUCUGCCACCGUCUUGUAGCCAUUCUCUUUGUGUUUUCAAAGGAUGCUGUUAAAGGGCAUAGGCCAAAAUAAAUUAAAAUGUUACUUGAGCCACUUUAUGUAAUUGCUUGGAAAGCUUAUGUAGUUCUUUCUGCAUGCAUUUGAAAUUUUUAAAAAUGCUUCAGCAGUGAUGUUUUUCUCCUCAAACAAACCAUGGCCGGUAGCUAGAUGUUCAGUAGGAAUCUCAGAAUAACAAAUCAGUCAGUGCUCCAGAUUAAUUAACUUGAUUUUUAACUGAAAGAACAUUCUGAGGAAAAAGAUUUACUUUGAAGUAAUAACAAAAAUGGUAAACGUUAAAAAUUCCUCUUGCAGGGGAAAAAAAAAGAGGCCUCAAUGUGGUCCUCUCAGCAUGCGUGCAUGUGUAUAUACACCUGUAUUUUUAUACACUUCAAAUUUGUAUUUAAAGACAACACAGACAGUGAUGGUGAAAUAAAUUCACUGACCACCUAGACUUUCCAGUCUAGGACUACAGCUAUAGAAAUGACCUGCUGUGCUCUAAAAUAGAAAAAGAUGAUUUGUUUGAAAACAGACAUUCAGCAGGGUAAAAAGUAUAUUAGCAUGCGGGUUGAGUUCCUUGCAUAUAGGAUCAAAUAUGAGCUCAACCGAGUCUUUCUAUCCAGUUCCCUCCAUGCCACUGAUGACGACUUGUCAGAUUUAGUAUAUAGAAUAACUUUCACAUCUCAUGUUUUACCCACAAUUAUUGACAUGUUUCCAGUACUUGUUUUACUUGUGGACUGAAUUUUGAUCUGGGUCUAUUUAAAAUUUUUCUCCUUCAAAGACCUAAAUAGACAACAUGAAAGGCAAGUCAGUAAGAAAAAGAAAAGUUUUAUACACGUAGGCUACUGACCAGAAUUUUCUAUGUAAAGCAUAAAGAGUAUAUUCUAAUUUUAAAAUAAGAAUCACUUCAAGGCAGAUAUUAUAGUAUUUAUGUAGUUUGCAAAAGAAGUUUACAUUUUUGUUUUGCUAUUGUGAUGUAACAUUUAUGUGCAGGAACUACUCGUAAUAAAAGGAUUUGAGAAGUCGUGCUUUUAGAUAUAAUGGCCUAAAAUAGAGAGUAGUAUGAUUCAAAGGUAUAGAUUUCACAAACUGUGUAGUAAGUGAUCUAUCUGAAGCCUAUACCAAAGCUACCUAUAAAAUAAAAUAAAAAAGAGAAUGUUUUCUCUUG